AUGGAGCAGUUUAACGGAAAUGUCGCCAGUCGCUUGCUAAGACACAGGAGAAAGUUCCUGGGCUCCGGGACGUAUGGAGUAGUUGUGUUAGUGGAGUGGCGGGGAGAGCUUGCAGCACUGAAAGUCUCGAAGUCUUCUUUGUUUUCCAAAUGUUUCAGCAGGGAAGCCAACAUUUUGACGGUACUGAAGGGCGCAGGUGGCGCCCCCUUGCUGCUGGGUGUGGCAGUUAAUCCCUUCGCUCUCCUGAUCACCUACAAGGGUAGUCGGACGCUUCAGAAUUUGUUUAACAACCCAGAAUACAACUUAAUCGACCUCGGACUACAAGUUGGGAAGAAAUUACAAGAAGUCCACGAGGCUGGAAUCGUACAUAACGACAUUAAAGGUAGCAAUAUUAUAGUCCGAGGCCCACCCCAUAAUCCAGAAAUCAGUAUCAUUGAUUUCGGAAUGGCCUGCACCACAGAUGAAAGUGUCUUGCUGUUUGUGGAACCAAAUGUCACCACAAAACAUCCCCCGGAAAUGUUCGAGGAAGGAUGUAGUAGCUCUGCGUCUGAUGUUUACUCCUACGGGGUCCUCAUGUCUGAGAUCUUGAACGCGUCGCCCAGUCAGUACCCGUCAAUGGGGAAGGUAAUACAGGCAGCCAUGCAUCCCAACCCUCUGUGCCGCCCCUCACUCCCUGACCUUCUGCGUCGGCUACAGCAGGUCAUCGACACAAACCCAUCAGAGCUACAGGAAGACGUGGACCUUCAACGCACUAUGGAUGGAGAUCAACACCCUGAGCAGCGCUGUAGGACUCCUAGUACACCGGGUACUCCUUUCGAUGGUCUAAGUAAGAACUGCGUUAUUAUCUAG